UGAGAUUCUUGUGCGGGUUUUUAAGAUCUUUCCUCCUCAGAUUCAUGGCGGCAACCCAACCCCCAAAGGGUCCGGAUCGUACCACCGCUUUGGUUGGUCAAUAAUUGUACUGCCUCUGUUUCUAAGACUAUACUAAGUCACCGAGCAUACUGAUCAUGGAUGCAGAAGAGAUACCAGCUGAACCAGAUAACAUGAAGGAUCAGCUUCAUUCAUCAAUACCUGAGAGUUCAAUAUCUUCUAAUUCUUCUCAGGGUACAGCAACUAUAGGUCACUCACGGGAGACCACAAGUCAAUCAGGAUAUUUUGGUUCUGGUGGAGAUCGUCCUCUGUACCCUCCUAAUGUGUAUGCUCCCCAGGCCCAGGCUUUCUACUAUAGAGGUUUUGACAAUGGCAAUGGUGAAUGGGACGAAUAUCCUUCAUAUGUCAAUUCUGAGGGAUUGGAAAUUGGAUCUCCUGGUGUCUACAAUGAAAACCCAUCUCUUAUUUUCCAUUCUGGAUACGGCUUCAACCCACAAAUGCCUUAUGGACCAUAUUCUCCAGUUACCACACCUUUGCCUUCUGUAGGUGGAGACGCACAAUUAUACUCCCCUCAGCAAUUUCCAUAUACUGGACCACCUUAUUACCAUCAGCUGGUUCCUCCUAGCUUACCAUAUCUUAAUACACCGACUCCGGUUUCGCAGCCAGACCUCACCAACCUGGUUGGCAUUGACCAACAAGUUGAUAGCAUGUUUUUUGGACCAAGGGCUGGCUAUGCCUCGUUGGGAUCUUUUGGUAGAGGCAGCUUUCCUAUAGCACCUGGUUCCUUCAGUUUUCAUGAACCCCAACAAGGAUUUGAUGGAUCAAGAUCUGGUGGAAUCUGGUCAGAUUGCUCAAAACCCUCAGAAAUGCAAAGGUCUUUGAUGCCUCUACCAUCAUCUGUUUCUCCGCAGCCAAUUGAAUCGCAUGGAUCAUUUGGGCUGAGUGUUGGAAUGGUCUCGCAUCAACAGCGAUCAUUGUAUGGGUUUGGAUCUGGUUCCAACUCCUAUGGUAGAGGCUACCUGCCUAACCAUGGUUCUAACUUUGGAGGCACUGGCAUUUCCAGUCUUACUACUAAUGAUAGGAGCUUCCUUUCCCCUGAUAAUAGCAGACGGCAAGCCAAGGCAACUGCUUCUCUUUGCAAUUAUAAUGGUACUCUUGAUAUACUUAGUGAGCAGAACCGAGGACCAAGGGGCUCAAAGAUGAAAAAUCAAAUUUCAUCUGAAAAUAGUUCUGUUGAUAAUAGUAAAAAGAGUGCAUCUACUGUCAAGUUCCAAAAUGAAUCACUCAACCGGCCAGAUUUUGCCACGGAUUACAAGGAUGCCAGAUUUUUUGUCAUAAAAUCGUAUAGUGAAGAUAAUGUUCACAAGAGCAUUAAAUAUGGUGUCUGGGCUAGUACACCAAAUGGAAACAAAAAGUUAGAUGCUGCAUAUCGCCAAGCAGAGGAGAAGCAAGAUGCAUGUCCUAUAUUUCUCUUUUUCUCGGUAAAUGCUAGUGCUCAGUUCUGUGGGGUAGCUGAAAUGGUUGGACCGGUCAAUUUUGACAAGAGUGUUGACUUCUGGCAGCAAGAUAAGUGGAGUGGGCAGUUUCCUGUGAAGUGGCACAUAAUUAAAGACGUUCCAAAUAGUCAGUUCCGUCACAUUGUUCUUGAAAAUAAUGAUAACAAGCCCGUGACCAACAGUCGAGAUACUCAGGAGGUGAAAUUGCAACAGGGAAUUGAAAUGUUGACCAUUUUUAAGAACUAUGAAACUGAUGUGUCCAUCCUAGAUGAUUUUGAUUUCUAUGAAGACCGGCAGAAGGUUAUGCAAGAACGAAAGGCAAGGCAGCAAAGCAGCAUGAUUGCCGUUGGAUUAGUUGGAGAAAGUGAGCAUAGGAGUUCUGCUAACGUUUCUGGUGAUUUCAUCAAGCAGAUAUCAAAGAGCUUUGCUCAAGUUGUCCGCUUAGAUGAGAAUAGCAAUGAAGUCAUUGUUGCAGAUAGAGGUAAUUUAGCCUCUGAUGGCCCCAUUGGUAAACCUGAUGAUGGCAUUUCAGUGACCGCCUCUUCAACACAAACCAAUUAGGAAGAUGUACCACUCGUGCCAAGAAUGUUGAUCACAUUUGGCAGGCAUUUGAUGAUUGAAAAUCGGAAUCAUGCUUUUGCUUUCUCUCAUUAAUUUUUUCAACAAGGUAGUGUUGCUGAUGUUAUCUCAGUCAUUGGAGUCCAUGGGGUUCCUAAAUCAUGUCGUUUUACAUAAAAGAAUGGGUUUCAUGUAAAAUGUUUCCUAGAGUGCUUCAACUAAAUUGUUAUCAUACUUUUGCUUAUUUGAAUAGGUUAGAUUUUAAUCCCCUUCCCCUUUUUUUUCUUCUUAAAUUUGAGUUCGGUUAGUUUGUUAGGUAUGUCUCAUUUGUAAAAUUGUCAUCUUUGCGAGCGUUUUAAUAAAAGCAGCAAU